AUGGAGACGGCGGUUAACAAGCUCGAGGCCAUGUUCCAGAAGGCAGAGUCUGAUCUGGAUUAUAUUCAACACAGAGUGGAGUAUGAAAUAAGGAAAAGUCUUCCUGAUGAUUCAGCAGCAGAGGAAAAUGCGUUUGCUAUCCUGGAAGAACUCGCAGCGGUGAAAUCUCAUUAUAAAACUUUGUGUAUGAAGCUGGACAAAAUUUAUGCAGAGCAGAGCGAAUCUAUGGCAGCCAUUCGUGCUGCUACAGAGAACACCACAAAGAUGGUUCAGGCAUUACAGCAACAUGCUGAGCACUUACCUCUGUCAGAAGAAGAACAGACUGCAGCACAGCAGUUAACCUGCGAAACUGUUAAAAAAACGGAAUCGCUGAUGAAAGAGGUAAUUAGGCCACAGAGUGUCAGUAUUCCAGAAACCAUUAAUCCCGAGUAGCUCAGCUGAAGUCAGAAGGAUGGUUUUGUGGCUUAAUACCUCCCAAAUCAAUGGAGUUUUCCACCAAUGGGACUACAGUUUCUAACAAGCCUUUUUUUUUUUAAUUGUAUACUGAUUAAGCUUAUGGUUUGUUCCAAUUAAAUUGUCCACAAAUUAAAAAUUUGCUUUGACAAGAGACUUGUUUUUUAAUUGGGAUAUGUUUAUCUUUCUUUUCAGAGAUGUGUAGUUGGUUGCUCUUGUCCAUCCUGUUUCUCUGUUAACACAUUUGGGUGGGAGUGAAGGAUGUAAUUGAUUCAAGCCAGUGUAUACCAAAAUGGAGAGAAAUGUAAUUUCCUGUAAAAUAUCAAAUAAACUUUGCAA